AUGAACUAUGUGGGGCAGCUUGCUGAGACUGUCUUCGUCACUGUGAAGGAGCUGUACAGGGGUCUGAACCCAGCCACCCUGACAGGAUGCAUCGAUGUCAUUGUCGUGAGACAGCCUGACAACUCCUUCCAAUGUUCACCGUUCCACGUACGCUUUGGGAAGCUGGGUGUGUUGCACUCAAAGGAGAAGGUGGUUGACAUUGAAAUCAAUGGGGAGACUGUGGACCUGCACAUGAAGCUGGGUGAUAAUGGAGAGGCCUUCUUUGUCCAGGAGUCAGAGGAGAAUGAGAGGAGUAUUCCUUCCUGUCUCUGCACUUCCCCCAUCCCCAUGGAGGAGAUCCGAGAGGACAUAGCUCAGGCAUCUCAGCUGCAGGAGGCCCCAAGCUCUGAAGUGACCCUGCGCAAAAGGAGGCGCCGCAAGAAGCCCAAGCGGAAGGAGGUGGCAGAGUCCAACUUGGAAGGCUGUAAGGACACUGAGGAGAAAUACAGGCUGCCAACCUCGAGUGAUUCAGUAUAUUUUUCCUUUAUGGAUCUCCCCAAAGAAGCAGCAGAGUCUUUGCAGUCUCAAGAAAUCUACCCUUAUUCCGAUGGGGAGCUGGCCUCUGUGGACAGCCUCUCCCUGAGCCAUCAGUCUUCUCCAAAAAGUGACUCUGAGCUGGAGAUCAGACCUCAGGAGAGUUUUGCUCUAGGGGCUGAAUCCCAUAUGCAGUGGGCCUGGGGAAGGCUCCCUCAGGUGAAUAAAUCAGAGCGAGUUGAAUCAGCCAAGUCCACAAAGGCUGUUUCUACUGUAGCAGCUGUUGGGUCCAUGGCAGCAGCUCUGGUGGAUGGAACAACCUGCCCUGUUGCUUUCUCAGAAGGCUUGGGAGCUGCUGACCUGAGGCAGGUGUGCUUGGAGUGCCCAGAGUCCUACCUGGAAAGCCAGAAGAGACAAGGAUCCAUCAAAAAAAGUCCUCACCUGGGUCCCAGUGAUGUUUACCUGGAAGAUCUCACCAGACUGCAUAAGGAGGAGGUGGCUCUUUAUUUCCCCAGAAGUGACACAGAGCAGAAUCCAAAGCCUGUGGCUGACCCCAGCAGCACUUUGUGUGUCCAGCUGCAAUCUGACUUGCCUGCUGAGAGCCCCAUGGACUCGGAGUCAGACUUGAUGCCCUCGAUUGCACUGUCACUGUGUGGAGGCCUUGGGGGCAGCAAGCAGCUCUCUCAUGAAAAAUUCAUGGAGCACAUCGUCUCCUACCAGGAGUUUGCAGAAAAUCCAGGAAUCAUUGAUGAUCCAAACCUGGUGAUACUACUCAACAAGAAGUAUUACAACUGGGCAGUGGCUGCUCCCAUGGUCCUCUCUCUUCAGGCCUUCCAGAAGAACAUCCCUGAGAGCACCAUUGACCGACUAGUGAAGGAGAAGAUGCCAAGGAAGAGCAGCAGGUGGUGGUUCUCCUGGAGGAGGCAAGAAUUCCCCGUGGAGGAGCCACAGCCAAGACCAGGCAAGGCUGGUGUGGACACAGUGCAGCUGGAUCCCGUUCAGCAGAGGCAGGAGGAGGAGGUAUCGUUCAGUGAUGAUGAGCCCCUGGAUGCCGGGGACCUUUUGGCAAAGGAUGCGUCAGCACAUAAACCUCUGCCAACCUACAAGAAAUCUCUGCGUCUUUCCUCCAAACAAAUCGAAAGGCUGAACCUGCAGGAUGGCCCCAAUGAUGUGGCGUUCAGUGUGACAACUCAGUAUCAGGGCACGUGUCGUUGUGAGGCCACCAUCUAUCUGUGGAACUGGAAUGACAAGGUGGUGAUCUCGGACAUUGACGGCACCAUCACCAAGUCAGAUGCUCUAGGACACAUCUUGCCACAUCUGGGAAAAGACUGGACUCAUCAUGGGGUUGCUAAACUCUUCCACAAAAUCCACCUCAAUGGCUACAAGUUCCUCUAUUGCUCAGCAAGAGCGAUUGGCAUGGCGCACAUCACCAAAGGCUACCUGAAAUGGGUCAACGAGCAAGGCUGUGCCCUCCCCAGGGGCCCCAUCCUGUUGGCCCCCAGCAGCCUCUUCUCUGCCUUCCACAGGGAGGUAAUUGAGAAGAAGCCAGAGAUGUUCAAGAUUGCCUGCUUGAUGGAUAUCCGAAACCUUUUUGCCCCACAGCAGCCCUUCUUUGCAGCCUUUGGGAACAGAGUCAAUGAUGUAUAUGCUUACAAGCAAGUAGGACUACUGGAGAGUCACAUAUUUACUGUCAACCCCAAGGGAGAACUGAUCCAGGAACUCACAAAGACCCACAAGUCAACGUAUGAGCGGCUGUCAGAGCUGGUGGAUCUGAUCUUCCCUCCUCUAGGGCAGCAUAGGAACGCUGCUCUGGUGUGUCCUGAAUUCAGCCACUUUGCCUACUGGAGACCUCCACUGCCUGUCAUUGACUUGGAAGACUUCUCCUGA